UAGUUUCUGCCUUUCCUUCAAGAAAAAAUGUUCAACCUGCAAGACAGAAUUAAGGGUAUUGAUAUGGACCGUGACUACCACGCUACUCGCAUUUCUAUUCGAGAUAAAUUGCUUUCUCAAGAAAUCAAACAACUCGAGCAAAAUCUUCGAGAUCUUCCAACCUGCAAAUUAACUUUUCCAUCAACUUCAAAAAAUGGGGAAGUUAACCUUCACGAAAUGGACUUGAUUGUUAAACCAAACACUGGGUUGUACAAAGGAGGAGUUUUUAAAUUUAAAAUUACUGUUCCUCCAGAAUACAAUAAUGUGCCGCCAUUAGUCAAAUGCUUGACUAGAGUCUGGCAUCCUAAUAUCAACGAAGAUGGAAGUAUUUGUUUAAGUUUGUUGCGUCAAAACUCUCUGGAUGGAUUUGGUUGGAUGCCUACUCGCCGUAUUCACGACGUUAUUCUUGGCCUUGACCAGCUCUUUACCGACCUGAUAGACUUUGACGAUCCUCUCAAUGCUCAAGCUUCUCAACAAUGGCAAAGCAACAAGGAGACGUUCGCUGCUAAAGUCAAGGAGUACAUAAACAAGUAUUGCUCAAAACAUUGA